AUGUCAUCUAUCAACCCGAUCAAGCUCCGCCGGAAGAAGAAUGUCAAGAAGGGUAUCCAGUUUUGCUUGAUGGUCUGCGGUGCCAGCGGAACCGGACGCACAACCUUCGUCAACACUCUUUGCGGAAAACAAGUCUUGCAGGGCAAGGAUGCGGAUGAUGCUGCCAACGCUCACAUUGAGGAGGGUGUCCGCAUUAAGCCAGUGACAGUUGAGCUCGAAUUGGACGACGAGGGUACCAGAAUUUCUCUCACUAUCGUGGAUACCCCGGGUUUCGGUGACCAGAUUGACAAUGAAGCCAGCUUCAGCGAAAUUGUCGACUAUGUGGAGCGCGAAUACGACAACAUUGUCGCCGAAGAGUCACGAAUUAAGCGAAACCCCCGAUUCAGGGACAACCGUGUCCACGUCAUGUUGUAUUUCAUUACACCCACUGGCCACGGCCUCCGUGAGCUCGACAUUGAAUUGAUGAAGCGCCUCUCUCCCCGCGUCAACGUUAUUCCUGUCAUCGGAAAGGCCGACUCUUUUACUCCAGCGGAACUCGCCGAGUCGAAAAAGCUCAUCAUGGAGGACAUCGAACACUACCGCAUUCCUGUUUACAACUUCCCUUACGAUAUUGAGGAGGAUGACGAGGAUACCGUGGAAGAGAACGCCGAGCUCCGGGGGUUGAUGCCGUUUGCUAUCGUUGGUUCUGAUGACUUUGUCGAGAUCGAUAACCGCAAGGUGCGGGCUAGGCAAUACCCAUGGGGUGUUGUCGAGGUUGAGAACCCUCGGCACUCCGAUUUCCUCGCCCUUCGAAGCGCCCUGCUCCACAGCCAUCUGGCAGAUCUGAAGGAAAUUACCCACGAUUUCCUCUACGAGAACUACCGUACUGAGAAGCUUAGCAAGAGCGUUGACGGUGCUACUGCACAUGGCGGUGAUAUGAACCCUGAGGAUCUCGCGACCCAGUCUGUUCGCUUGAAGGAGGAGCAGCUCCGUCGCGAGGAAGAGAAGCUGCGCGAAAUUGAGAUCAAGGUGCAGCGUGAGAUUGCCGAGAAGCGCCAGGAACUGUUGGCCCGCGAGAGUCAACUGAGGGAAAUAGAGGCCCGGAUGGCCCGCGAGGCAAGCCAGCUGGAGUCCGCCAACGGCGAGCACUAA